AUGAAACAUUUAAGACAUCUUGAUAUGAGUCAAACUCGAAUCGCCGCUCUGCCAGAUUCCAUCACAAAGCUCUACAAUUUGAUGACCUUGAAAGUACGUUACUUGCUAAAGAUACCUAAGAAGUUUAGCAAUUUAAUUAACUUGAGGCAUCUCGAGUUUUCCUCGGGUUUUGGGGAUGGGCACAGAUGUUUGUUCCCGGGAAUCGGGCAGCUGGCUAAUCUUCGGACAUUGCCCCACUUCAGGGUAAGCCAAGACAAGGGAUGUCAGCUUGAGGAGCUGGAACACUUGCGCAACCUCCGAGGCGAGCUAAAAAUUUUUGGACUUGAGAAUGUGAGCAGCUUUGAAUCGGCAGCAAAAGCAAAGUUGUCCGAAAAAUCAAGCAUUCAAAGUUUAACACUUGAAUGGGAUCGCACGAAAGAAGAUUGCGAUGACGACAAUAUCAAUAGUGUCAUGGAAGGUCUCCAACCUCGCCCAGACUUGAAAAGUUUAGCCAUUGAUGGUUUUAAAGGUUCAAGGCUUCCGUCGUGGAUGGUGGCAAAGGAUCACGUGACGGUACUCCUAAGGAAUCUGGUACACCUCAGGUUGGAGAAAUUGGCUAGGUGUGAACAAGUACCAUCACUAGGGGACUUGCCUUGUCUCGAGUCCUUAGAGAUGGUCUCCUUACACAAUGUGAAGCGCAUUGGGGCAGAAUUCUAUGGUCUCGAUAUUAAUGCAAGGCGCAGCGCUUCUUGUAGUAAUAGAGAUGGGAAACCAGUCACUCUGUUUCCGAAACUGUCGAGUUUUGCGCUGUGCGGCAUGAAAAGUCUAGAGGAGUGGUCAGAUGCAAUGGUUCCCUCGGAUUUUUCUUCAUCAAUUAAGGUAUUCCCUAAUCUCCGGGACCUGAGAAUCUCAUGGCUCCCCAAGUUGGCAGUUUUACCAGAUAUGGAGAACUUAACGUCUGUUACGAAGUUGAGGAUAUGGGAAUGCAGAAGUCUGGCUUGUCUAAGGAAUUUGAAUAGCCUCACAUCUCUGGAAUCCUUAUCCAUAGAUGACUGCCCGGCUUUAUUAGAUGCUUCUCUAGAUAUGAAAAAUCCCCAAUCCCUACGUAAAUUAACCAUCUCAGGAUGUGAUAAGUUGAAUCCUUCAUUGAGUAAUAAUCUUGAGAAACUCACAUCGCUCCGGCGGUUGAGGAUCUUUUCUGAUGACCCUGGUUCUUGGCCAAUUAUGGGUCUACACCAUCUAGCCAACCUCCGUGAGUUGGAACUCGGUGGUGGCUUCUCUGACAUCCUUGACCUUGAUCAUUUCCCGUGGCCACACUCCAUCACCAAUCUCGUCUCUCUGGAGCAUCUUGGAUUGCGUGGAUGGCCAAAAAUCACGUCUCUCCCAGACCAAAUUCAGCAUCUCUCUAACUUGAAAAUUUUAUCUAUUGAGGAGUUUGAGGGGUUGGAAGUUCUUCCAGAGUGGAUGGGUAGCCUUCGGAAUCUUCGCCAAUUGGUGAUUGGUGAUUGCUCUAACCUCAGACAAUUGCCCUCUGCAGAAGCAAUGCGACACCUCACCAAUUUAAAUUAUCUAAGUAUCACCAGGUGUCCUCUUUUAGCAGAGAGAUGCACCGAAGGAAGUGGCGCAGAGUGGCCCAAGAUUGCACAUAUUCCCGAAGUUGAUAUCUAG